AAUACAAAAUAUGAAUAUUGAUCCAAAUUAUCUUCUUAGCCAUGAUUGCUUCUAUUAACAAAAAAUAACUAAACCAUAAACAUUUCUUACAAGAUGGAGAUGGGCCCAGCUAUUCAAACUUUUAAUCCAUGUUAACUCUGGUCUAACGGUCUCAAGUCUGCUGUUACAUAAAGGAGUUGUUGGUUCAGGUAACCUCCUGCAGAUGUCGCUGUUGAACACCCACGGACAUUCGUUACUCAACAUACACCCGGUUUCUAGAGUUAACAGUGAGGAAAAGCGAAGUAAUGGAGAACAUCUUUCUCCAGCUUAGAUACAGAUCAACGUGUUAAGUGUACUCAGAAACAAGCCUUUGUUGAGUUGAUAUUCGCAGUAUUAGAAGAAUUGCCUGCUUUGCCUUCCGCUAACCACGUGACGGUUGUUGUGGAAGCUUCCCCUGCCGUAAAACGUGAACCGAUGUGGUGAAGAAGAAGCGAAAUUGUUGUGACAGCGGUUAGCGGUGACGUUAGCAAGCUAGCCAUUUGUCUCCCAGGUUGUAACUGGCAUUCCAGCGACACAGAGGAUGUGCCGGCGUUCAGGUUGAUUUGUUUGACAUCGUUCAAAAAAGAACGGCGUGAAAAUAAAACCCUUUUGUCCUGCGGCGAACACAGACCGGAUGUAAGACGACACGACGAAAGCGAACGCUACAGUGGUCAGUCUGUGGGGAAACCAUUUUAUGAUUGUCAAUGCAUCCGACACGUAAGGGUACGCUCGUCUCGCUAGCUUGACUCAGCUAGCCGAACGAUACUGCACGUGUCGUGGAUGGGUUCACUGAACGAGGCGCUCUUGGAAGAAACGGUGACCGGCGCUUAGCGGACAACAUGGACACCGCCGAAGAAGCGGACAUUUGUCGCGUGUGCCGCUCCGAGGGGACCUCGGACAAGCCCCUGUACCACCCCUGCGUCUGCACCGGCAGCAUCAAGUUCAUCCACCAGGAAUGUUUGGUCCAGUGGCUGAAGCACAGCAGGAAGGAGUACUGCGAAUUGUGCAAGCACAGAUUUGCUUUCACACCAAUUUACUCCCCAGACAUGCCCUCACGUCUGCCCAUACAGGACAUCUGUGCUGGCCUGCUGACCAGCGUGGGGACCGCUAUCCGCUACUGGUUCCAUUACACACUAGUGGCCUUUGCAUGGCUCGGUGUGGUUCCUCUCACUGCAUGUCGCAUCUACAAGUGUCUGUUUACCGGCUCUGUGAGCUCACUAUUGACACUGCCGUUGGACAUGCUUUCUACAGAGAACCUGCUUGCGGAUUGUCUUCAGGGCUGCUUCGUCGUCACCUGCACCCUGUGUGCAUUCAUCAGUCUGGUGUGGCUCAGAGAGCAGAUAGUCCACGGCGGCGCUCCCCAGUGGUUGGAGCAGCACCAGCCGCCACCACCUAAUGCUGCUGCACAAGCCAAUGAGGCACAAGCUGCAGGUCAGGGAGCAGCAGACGAGCCCCCUGCAGCCCAACCGGCCCCGGCCGAUCCCCCAGCCCAGAAUGAAGCAGAGCCUGAGCCCCCUGAUGUUCCCCCAGACCAAGGUGAUGACCCCGAGCUCGAGGUAGAGGAGGGAGCAGCUGCCGAAGAUGCAGAUCCCAACAAUGGAGCACAAGACGACAUGAAUUGGAAUGCUUUGGAGUGGGACAGAGCAGCGGAGGAGCUCACCUGGGAAAGGAUGCUUGGCCUGGAUGGUUCACUGGUAUUUUUGGAGCAUGUGUUUUGGGUCGUGUCUCUCAACACACUCUUUAUUCUGGUCUUCGCAUUUUGUCCCUACCACAUCGGGCACUUCACUGUCGUCGGUCUUGGCUUUGAGGAAUAUGUCCAAGCCUCCCACUUUGAGGGUUUAAUCACAACAAUUGUGGGCUACGUACUGCUGGCCAUGACGCUCAUCCUCUGUCACGGACUGGCUGCUCUGGUCAGGUUCCAGCGCUCCCGCCGUCUCCUGGGAGUCUGCUACAUUGUCGUCAAGGUCUCUCUGCUGGUUGUUGUGGAGAUUGGUGUGUUUCCACUAAUCUGCGGCUGGUGGCUUGACAUCUGCUCUUUGGAGAUGUUUGACGCCUCACUGAAAGACAGAGAGUUGAGUUUCAAAUCAGCCCCCGGUACCACAAUGUUCCUGCACUGGCUUGUGGGAAUGGUCUAUGUCUUCUACUUUGCUUCUUUCAUCCUCCUACUGAGAGAGGUGCUGAGACCCGGAGUGCUGUGGUUUCUGAGAAACCUCAAUGACCCAGAUUUUAACCCGGUGCAGGAGAUGAUUCAUCUGCCCAUCUACAGACACCUGCGGCGGUUCAUCCUGUCCGUGGUGGUGUUUGGCUCUAUCGUGCUGCUCAUGCUGUGGCUGCCCAUCCGGCUGAUUAAAUUACUGCUACCCACCUUCCUGCCGUACAAUGUCAUGCUCUACAGUGACGCCCCAGUCAGCGAGCUCUCAUUGGAGCUCUUACUGCUUCAGGUUGUGCUGCCGGCUCUACUGGAGCAGGGCCACACUCGCCAGUGGCUCAAAGGCCUGGUCAGAGCCUGGACAGUCAGUGCCGGAUUUUUAUUAGACCUUCACUCCUACCUCCUCGGGGAGCAGGAGGACAACGAUGCCAACCAGCCUGUGAACAACAACAACAAUAACCCUCCCGCUGGUCAUCAUAACAACAACAACAACCCCGCCCCAGCUGUUGGCGAGGGCUUACACGCAGCACAUCAGGCCAUCCUGCAACAAGGGGGGCCAGUGGGUUUCCAGCCCUACCACCGACCACUUCGCUUCCCACUCAGGAUUGUGUUGCUGAUAGCAUUCAUGUGCAUCACUCUGCUGGUGGCCAGUCUGGUGUGUUUAACCCUUCCAGUGUUCACCGGGCGCUGGCUGAUGUCCUUCUGGACAGGUAGCUCCAAAAUCCACGAGCUGUACACGGCGGCGUGCGGCCUGUACGUCUGCUGGCUAUCCAUCCGUGGAGUCACCGUGCUGCUGGCCUGGAUGCCCCAGGGACGCACCGUCAUCAUGCGCAAAGUCCAGGAGUGGACCUUUAUGAUCCUGAAGACCCUGGUUGUAGCUCUGCUGGUCGCCGGAGUCAUCCCGCUGCUUCUGGGUCUGCUGUUUGAACUAGUCAUUGUGGCUCCCCUCCGAGUACCCCUGGACCAGACGCCGCUCUUCUACCCCUGGCAGGACUGGGCUCUCGGAGUGCUCCAUGCCAAAAUCAUUGCUGCCAUUACUCUCAUGGGCCCUCAGUGGUGGCUGAAGACGGUCAUCGAGCAGGUUUAUGCAAAUGGCAUCCGCAACAUUGAUCUCCACUUCAUUAUCCGCAAACUGGCGGCUCCAGUCAUCUCGGUCCUGCUGUUGUCCUUGUGCGUGCCGUAUGUCAUCGCUGCUGGGGUGGUGCCAGCUGUUGGAGUGACCCCAGAGAUGGAGAUUCUAAUGCAGAGGAGAAUCUAUCCGUUCCUCUUGAUGGUGGUCUCGCUUAUCGGAAUCCUGUCCUUUCAGAUCCGACAGUUUAAACGCCUUUAUGAACACAUCAAGAACGACAAGUACCUGGUUGGCCAGAGGCUUGUCAACUACGAGCGGAAAGCUGGAAGAGCGAGCUCCAGCCCACCCCCCAACCCUGUCGUCGCAGAGUAGAAUUUUGUGUCACACAACAUUUUUUCUUCCUUUUUUUUGCACCUGUUAAGUUGUGUACACCUAGCCCCCCCGUCCCUUUGUUUGAUUUUCAACGACCAUAAUCCCUUUGAAUCUCCCAUGGAUAUUGGUGGAUUUGAUGGACGUCGUUCAAUUUGUUGAAUUCCCCUUCAUGCCCCAUCAAAGGCGGGGCUGGGAAAAUUGUGUUAUAAUCAUGGGACAGCUGAGUAAAUCCCCUCUGAUGAACAGAGUAGGCAGAAAGGGGUGGGGGUGUGAGGGUUUGAUCCAAAUCCCGACAUCUCUUGUUGUUGUUCAUGCCUUGCUUUGUAAAGUGCUGCCUGAUAAUUGUACAUGUGUAAAUACUUUGAACGCAGACUGUCUUACCAAAAAAAAAAAAAGAAGCCAGAUGUGGAUUAAUGCAAUGACCAUUGUACAUCUUAAAAGUGUAUGUAUAAUUUAUUAAAUCAAACUGACAAUU